AUGUAUCCCUCACAGUCCUCACAAUCUUCCGCGGCGACCGCAGCAAUCCCAACGGAUACUAGUCUCGAAGCGGUCAUGGAAAACGUCACAUAUCACCUGCCUUCACCUGGUGAGGAUGCAGUCAAAGUAAUGCUUCUUGAUGGCUCAAUCGCUCAGCUCAUGGCAAAUAAAGUCAUUAUUGGCACUCAAAGUGUGACCAUCCCUUCAGAUCUAACCAGCUCCACUGAACUUCCCGGCGGUAUCACGGCCAAACCUGGGGAGGCCACUAAACCCGAUGACGACGACCAGCACGACGGCGGAGUUGUUGGUCUAUUUGGGGCACUGGGCGGAAUAGCCAAAGGCACGACAUCAGCCGUUGGAGGCGCCGUUGAUGGAAUUGGCGCUGUCACUACGGGCGCCUUGGCCUUUGCUGGAGGUACCACUGGCACAGCCGCCAGCUUAUCCGCUCCGCUCUCCGGCGCCAUCGGCGAAAUGGGCAAAUUCGUUUCCUCUAUCAAUAGCAUCCACAAGUCUUUUCCCGGCAGUCAGCUCACCCAGGCCGCACUAGAUACCUUCAACGGCGCAAAGAAGCUUGCUCGGCAGUCGUUGAACUGGAUGAAGUCGACCCAGAACCUAGUCCAGAACUUCGACAAGUUACCAGUCGAGGUGCAGUCCCAGGUCAAGAACAGGGCUGGGGAGUUUUUAAAAACCGGUGGCACCUUAGCUCAGUGUAAAGCUGCAUUGGAAGCUUUCCAGGACUUUCCUUGGGAAGAGGCGAAAGUACCGAAUCAGACGGCGGAAGUGAGCGCGACGACUAAGCCGAUGGAGAAAACUUCGAUUCAGAGUAUUCCGGUCAUGUCUAUUAUGUCUACAGCACAGAGUACGAGCAUACAGUCUUCUACGGCGACGACUUCUACUAUGCAGUCUUCUAGUUCGACGACUACAUCGAGUCAGAGCUCAUCUUCUACUAGUGGUUCACCGACGCCUACUGCAUUCAAUGAUACUACCCAUACGAUCUUCACCAAGCCUGGAACAUCAUCUGAGGCUUUCAAAAAAUUUGUCUCUGAGCUGGAUGGAGGAAAAGGACACCUGUACGAUUUCGUAUCAGAUAAACGCCAUAUGUAUCUCACCAAUUUGAACGAAACCCAGGCCUCCGAACUAAAACAACAGUACAGCUUCAUUGAGGUAAUACUUGGCAGGCGUAUGCUCGACGAAAGUAUUGAUGGAAGCCUGGAAGAGUUUCGGGUGGUCGAUAGGAGUCGACGUGAGGGAAAAAGAGUCGGAGACAUACAAACAGCCGACACUCCAGUAAAACCUAGCUGGUCUCCGGAUCCUUUGAUACCAUUGUCUCAUUUGUUUCGUCGGACUCUGCUAGCUCCGGCUCCUGAUGCACCUUGA